AUGCUCCAUCCACUGGCAGCGCCGUUGCAGCCACCCAAACCCCAUCAACAAAACGGCGCCAAACUCCAGAGACCUGACGACGGCCAUCUCCGCCAUGAAGCACCUCCUCCUUCCCUCCCCUCUCCCGCUCCUCCUCCACCGCCCAUCCAAGCCCCUUCUCCUCCACCCUCGCCGCCGCCUCGUCUGCAUCUCCCCCGCUGCGUCCGACGGCAGCUCUGGCGAUCCUACAACCGCCGCAUCGGAGCCAGCCACGGACACUGUCAUCCAGCCCUCUCCACCGGCCGCUGCCCCCUCCAGCGGCAAGCCCACCGGGAUCAAGAACCGCCUCAAGGCGAGGAACCAGGCCCGCCGGUUCCAGCUGGAUGCCCCGCCGGAGGAGGUGAUUCCGAAGAAGAAGGCGUCGGCGUCGGCGGCGGCGCCGAGGAGGGAGAAGCAGCGGGAGCGGAAGGGGUGGGAGGAGAUGAGCCUGGCCGAGAAGGCCGUGGAGCUGUACGUCGGGGAGAAGGGGCUGCUCUUCUGGCUCAACAAGUUCGCCUACGCCUCCAUCUUCAUCAUGGUCGGCGCCUGGAUCCUGUUCCGCUUCGUCGGCCCGUCGCUCGGGCUCUACCAGCUCGACGCCCCGCCGCUGCCGCCAACCGCCGUGUUCGGCGGCUCGCCGUGACACGGGAGAGAGCGUCGGCUGCGUGUUCUUGCAGAGCGGAGUACUCUAGGUAGCUUAGCGUAGUGGAUAAGAUGUAUGAGAAAGAUUGGGGAAGAAGAGGACGCAAAUUUAAGAAAGCGUGGCUGGUUUGGUUCGGCAAUGUGUGCCUUGUUACCACAAUUGGAGGAAUGGAUUACGCUUUUGCAGUUUUGGAUUAAAAGUUCAAUCUUUUGCUGGCAAUCUUGUAUUAAGGAUGCAAAGAUCUUGUAGCUUCAAGGCAUAGCAGUAGCACCUCAUACUGGCAACUGCAUCCUGAAUUUCUGAUU